UAAAAAAGGAAUUAAAUGCAUAAUUCUCAGACUACCAGCGGUAUUAAAAGACAGCUGCGUUUUCGCGGUGAUGUCAGCGCUAACAACAACCGCAUCGAGGACCUGCAAAAUGAAGAAACUUACAAACUACCAAAGGUCAAACUGCCAACAGUUCCGGAUGACGUUGGCGCUACAGCAACAGCUGCACAGCAGCGCUUGCACACUGCCGGCUCGGAGACGAGCACAUUUUAUGAUUUCUUCAAAGUGGAAAUGACACGCGGCUACAUGUUGGAGCACGACGAGGAGCGUUAUUCGGCACGUCGCCAGAAGAUCUACAGUUUUAUGCGCAUCCCACGGGAUCUGGAGCGUUUUAUGGUUUAUGGCAUUAUGCAGUGCGCUGACUCCUUUCUCUAUAUACACACAUUUUUGCCCGUGAGAUUUCUGCUGGCCGUUUGGUCGCUGCUGACGCGCACUGUGGCACGCAUUUGUCGACUGCGCGGCGGUGGUCAGCGCCUACUAUCCCCCGCUGAAAUAUGUGAUUUACUCAAGGGUGCCAUCUGGAUAUCAGUGACGCUGAUCAUGCUGCUUGUGGACACCAAUCGUGUCUACCACAUCAUCAAAUCGCAGUCCAUCAUCAAGCUGUAUAUAUUUUACAAUAUGCUUGAGGUGGGCGAUCGAUUGCUCUCCGCCUUUGGUCAGGAUACCAUUGAUGCUCUCUUCUGGACGGCCACAGAGCCAAAGCACUCCAAGCGCGAGCACUUUGGCGUUCUCACGCACAUUCUCUUUACGCUCAUCUACGUGUUCCUGCACAGCGGCCUCAUCAUGUUUCAGGCCACUUGUCUAAAUGUUGCUGUCAAUUCCAACAAUAAGGGCCUCCUCACAAUUAUGAUAUCUAAUAAUUUUGUGGAGCUCAAGGGCUCUGUGUUCAAGAAGUUCGAUAAGAACAAUCUGUUUCAGCUGACCUGCAGCGAUGUGCGCGAACGCUUCCAUUUGUCUGUGCUGCUGUUCAUCGUGAUGAUUCAGACUAUGAAAGAAUUCGACUGGAGCAUCACACAGUUCUGUGUCAUGCUGCCCGAUUGUUUUGCUGUCCUGUUCACGGAAAUCCUUAUUGAUUGGGUGAAGCAUGCUUUCAUCACGAGAUUUAACGAGCUACCCGAGAGCAUCUAUCGGGAGUACACGACGAGCUUGGCCUAUGACAUGACUCAGACGCGUCAGAAACAUGCCUUCUCGGAUCACUCAGACCUGGUGGCGCGUCGCAUGGGCUUUAUACCAUUUCCGCUGGCAGUGGUGCUCAUCAAAGCCAUUUACACAGCGGUGUCAUUUCACAAUUUAGCUGCAUGGCUGCUCUUCCUGUUGGCUUACCUAUUUGCCUUGGGGCUGCGUAUCUGCCUGACCAUUUGUGCAUUGGGCAAGGCAUGUAAGCUAAUGAAGGAGCAUCAGACGGAAAGAAACAGUUCCACGCCCAGCAGUAUGACUAAUGUGCCCGUUAUUGGAGCAACUGUUGGUCUCGCCAUUCCAAAUUUGCAAAUACUGAACAACAAUAAUAUUAACAGCAGCGGCAGCAGCGCACCUUUAAAGCCGUCACAUGUGGCGGCUACUGCUUUGCCGCUGGAUCAGAGUCUGAACUUUUCACGUGCUACCUCAACGUCUACUCCAAAGAAGGCGACCAGCGAGCAAGAGCUGGAUGUGACCAAUUCACUGGAGUUGGGCGCCACAGCGCUUUUCUCCAAUAGCGAUGUGGACCUAGACGAUGUGUGCCUUAACGAGCAGGUGACCAAUGUGAAUUCAAAUGUUAAUGCCCAGGAAGUCUACCAGGAGGAGGAGCUGGCUCGCAGUGAGCCAGAUCUUAUGCAGCUAAACGAUGCGGCUGGCGGUGAGGCCAGCAACAGUGCACAGCUGGAGCGAGUCAAGGGGCUGCCUAAGCGAACCCACAAGCGCUCAGAGUCCGAGCCUUUCAUGGGCAUGCAAUGUCUCAACGAGAAGCCAAUUGCGCCAAAUGCUGGCGGCAAUGCAACGUAGUUAGGAUUGUUUAGUUAAUUACUUUAUGUCGCUUGUGGCUAUAGUAAAUCGCUUGAGUCCCCUGGAGCUGGAAAUCCUUGCCUGGAUAAAGCCCUGGUAAUUAAUAACGUAUGUGAAAUGAAAUUUAUAUGUAUUGUAUUAGUUUAGGAAUGUAUGCUGAUGAUGUUCUCUAUAAAGUUGA